AUGACACAGGAGUACGACAACAAGCGGCCAGUGUUGGUUCUCCAGAAUGAAGCGCUUUACCCGCAGCGGCGCUCCUACACGAGCGAGGACGAGGCCUGGAAGUCCUUCCUGGAAAACCCCCUCACGGCAGCCACCAAAGCGAUGAUGAGCAUCAACGGUGACGAGGACAGCGCCGCCGCGCUGGGCCUGCUGUACGACUACUACAAGGUUCCGAGAGAGAGAAGGUCAUCGAUAGCAAAGCCAGAUGUUGAGCACCCAGAGCCAGAUCACAGCAAAAGAAGCAGCAUCCCCAGCGUGCCAGAGCAGCCCCUCAUCUCUCCUGGAGAAAACCGCGUGCAAGUGCUGAAAAACGUGCCUUUUAACAUUGUGCUUCCGCACGGCAACCAGCUGGGCAUGGAUAAGAGAGGCCACCUGACAGCUCCCGACACGACAGUCACUGUCUCCAUCGCAACGAUGCCUACCCACUCCAUCAAGACAGAGACCGAGCCCCAUGGCUUCACGGUGGGCGUCCCCCCGGCCGUGUAUCACCCGGAGCCCGCCGAGCGGGUGGUGGUUUUCGACCGGAACCUUACUCCCGACCAGUUCAGCUCUGGCGCCCAGCCCCCAAACGCGCAGAGGCGGACUCCAGACUCUACCUUCUCAGAGACCUUCAAGGAAGGCGUGCAGGAGGUUUUCUUCCCCUCGGACCUCAGCCUGCGGAUGCCUGGCGUGAAUUCAGAGGACUAUGUUUUUGACAGUGUUUCUGGAAACAACUUUGAGUAUACUCUCGAAGCUUCCAAAUCGCUUCGCCAGAAGCCAGGGGACAGCACUAUGACGUACCUGAACAAAGGCCAGUUCUACCCGGUCACCCUAAAGGAAGUGAGCAGCACCGAGGGCAUCCACCACCCCAUCAGCAAAGUGCGGAGCGUGAUCAUGGUGGUUUUUGCCGAGGACAAGAGCCGAGAAGAUCAGCUGAGGCACUGGAAAUACUGGCACUCGCGGCAGCACACGGCCAAACAAAGAUGCAUUGACAUAGCCGACUACAAGGAGAGCUUCAACACCAUCAGUAACAUCGAGGAGAUUGCCUACAACGCCAUUUCUUUCACUUGGGACAUUAACGACGAAGCAAAGGUCUUCAUCUCCGUGAACUGCCUGAGCACAGACUUCUCCUCCCAGAAGGGCGUCAAGGGCCUGCCGCUCAACAUCCAGAUCGACACCUACAGCUACAACAACCGCAGCAACAAGCCGGUGCACCGCGCCUUCUGCCAGAUCAAAGUCUUCUGUGACAAGGGAGCUGAGCGGAAAAUCAGGGACGAAGAAAGAAAACAGAGCAAGAGAAAAGUUUCCGACGUGAAAGUGCCGCUGCUGCCCUCUCACAAGCGCAUGGACAUCACGGUUUUCAAGCCCUUCAUCGACCUGGACACCCAGCCCGUCCUCUUCAUCCCUGACGUGCACUUCGCCAACCUGCAGCGGGGCAGCCACGUCCUCCCCAUUGCCUCAGAAGAACUGGAGGGUGAAGGGUCCAACUUGAAAAGGGGGCCAUUUGGAUCAGAAGAUGACUUUGUGAUUCCACCUCCUGCCAAGCUGCCCCGGGCGGAGGAGCCCAAGAGGGUGCUGCUGUACGUGCGCAAGGAGUCGGAGGAGGUCUUCGACGCCCUGAUGCUGAACACGCCGUCCCUCAAGGGCCUGAUGGAGGCUAUCUCAGACAAAUACGAUGUUCCCCAUGACAAGAUUGGGAAGAUAUUCAAGAAAUGUAAAAAAGGGAUUCUGGUGAACAUGGACGACAACAUUGUGAAGCACUACUCCAACGAGGACACCUUCCAGCUGCAGAUCGAGGAAGCGGGGGGCUCCUACAAGCUCACCCUCACCGAGAUCUAGGCCCCUGCAGCCCCGCCCAGGGCCAGGGAGGUGGCGCGGGUCUCCGUCGGACGGUCUCCUCCCUCGCGGUGGAGAUGGCGUUUUCCAGAUGACAGAGAAAUCCACGCGCCAUGAUGUUUGAAUUUUCUGAUCUAGAUACUUAGGCUUGAAAAUGAAAACUCUGUCCCACGAUUUAAGGGACUCUGGGAGCCUUUAGGAUACCUGCUCCAUUAUUUAUGAAACCUCGGGUCUCUACCUUGUCUCUUCGCUGCGGGCAGGACUGCUCAGAGCGGAGAGACGGGCCGGGCUUGCAGACAGGCCGGGCAUGGCGGCCUGAAUCGGCAGCGCUGGCCCCUGCGGUCAGCGGGAGGGGCCGCGACAGGACAAGGUGUGUCCUUCCCCCCGUCUGCCCUCGGCCCCAGAGACGUUUGCUUAGACGGGGCCUGUCUGUGAAACCUUCCCCCGAGACCUCUUCGAGCUCCAGGACUGCUGCCAAAGAACGUUGUGAGUGACGGUGGACCCGGCUGAGCGCAGCCCGUUGGGUGUAAGUGCAAUACUCCGAGGCCAUGUCUGUAAAUGUGUACAUACGUGUCUGAUACGAAUAUAUAAUAUAUACUGUGGCGCCUGUACAGAGGGGGAGGAGAUGCAAUAAGGUGGGCCGUAAACACUUUCUAGAUAAAAGGUUAAGUUAUUUCUGACGAUGUGAACAAAGCAGAGAGCAAGCCGCUUCCUCCGUCUUCCCGAGCCCAGUGGGCGCACCCGGGCAUAGCAAGACCUCCUCAGAUGCUGAGACCUGCUGGCUCUUCAGAAUGUUACUGGGAUUUCUGCACUGUAGAGAGAAUGACCUGUAGAGAACACCCUGUUGCGACCGGGCCUGGUGCAUGCGGGGC